CCAAACAGGAAUAUAGUUUUAGGGCCCGGUGGAAUGCUUGUGGUCUAAGGGAUGCACCAUCGCUUGAGAAAAUGCGGAUGGACUCGGAUAACGCUGGCCAUACCUACCUUUUGUCUGCAAACCUUAUCCCGUUUUCUCGAAGUCUUGAGUUCACCGACUAGCAUUUGAAGGGCGGCAUGGAGAAGUGAAGCAGGAGUUUGCAGCAAACGUCAUCGAGUCUGGAAACGUCAAACAUCUUUACAGAGCAGAGUCCGGGGAGUGAGGGGUCGUCCUGCCCCCCGCGUCCAGGCUCUGGUCGCCCCACCAUGGUAGACAUGCCGGGGGAUCCGUACAGUUCGCCGUCCCCACUGGGAGACUCCAUCCUGGACAGCCCGCUGUGCGGAGACCUGAUGGGGGAUUUGGAGGACAUCUCCCAGUCCAUAGGCGACAGCGCGCUGGGAUCUUUUGAUUUCCACAGCACCGGCUCGGGCUCCGAGAGCUCCAUCGUCCUUGAUACAUUGACCCCAGCCUCCAGUCCGGCCUCGGGGGUCUAUGGAGUUGCCUCAGGCCCCGAAGAGACCUUAAGUGCCCUUAACCUGGAGUGCAGGGUGUGCUCCGACAAGGCCUCAGGCUUCCACUAUGGUGUGCAUGCGUGUGAGGGCUGCAAGGGUUUUUUCAGGAGAACCGUCAGACUAAAGCUGGACUAUGACAGGUGUGAACGCAACUGCAAAAUCCAAAAGAAGAAUCGUAAUAAGUGCCAGUACUGCCGCUUCCACAAGUGCCUCUCUGUGGGCAUGUCCCACAAUGCCAUUCGCUUCGGUCGCAUGCCCCAGUCGGAGAAGUUGAAGCUGAAGGCGGAGAGCAGAACGGGCGAGUGGGACAUGGCCAGCCCCAUGCAGGCCGACCACAAGAUUCUGGUCAGGCAGAUCCACGAGGCCUACUUGAAGAACUUCAGCAUGAACAAGGCCAAAGCACGGCUUAUACUCACCGGCAAGACCAGCAACCCACCUUUCAUCAUUCAUGACAUGGAGACGUUCCAGCUGGCAGAGCAGACCUUGGUUGCCCACCUGGUGAAUGGCGGCUUUGUGGGGCCUGUUGGGGGCCUCCAGGCUGGUGAAGAAGCUCCAACCAGGGGAAGAGGAGAGCUUCAGGACAGGGAGGCCGAAACCAGGCUCUUCCACUGUUGCCAGAGCACCUCGGUGGAGACCGUCACAGAGCUGACAGAGUUCGCUAAGGCCAUUCCAGGCUUCCAGAUCCUGGAUCUGAACGAUCAGGUGACCCUGCUGAAGUACGGCAUUUACGAAGCCCUCUUCACCCUCCUGGCCUCCUGCAUGAACAAAGAUGGCCUCCUGGUGGCUCGAGGUCGAGGCUUCAUCACCCGAGAGUUCCUCAAGAGCCUCCGGCGGCCUUUUAGUGAUAUGAUGGAGCCCAAGUUUCAGUUUGCGACACGCUUCAACUCCCUGGAGCUGGAUGACAGUGACCUGGCGCUGUUUGUGGCCGUCAUUGUCUGCUGUGGAGACCGUCCGGGUCUGGUAGACAUGUCUCCGGUGGAGCGGCUCCAGGAAAGCAUCAUCCAGGCGCUGCGGCUCCACCUGCUGGCCAACCACCCUGAUGACGCUUUCCUCUUCCCCAGGCUGCUGCAGAAACUGGCUGACCUCCGCGAGCUGGUCACCGAGCAUGCUCAGUUGAUACAAGAGAUCAAAACAAUGGAGGAUGCGUCGCUCCACCCGCUCCUCCAAGAGAUAUACAGGGACAUGUACUGAGGAUUUACUGUAUGCUGAUUUACAGGGACUUGUAUGGAAAAGGUAACUUGUGGUUACUUUGUAAUAGGUAUAUAUUAUAAACCAGGUGUAUAUAAAUCGAUUGCUGUACCAUUAGGGAUGUUACUGUAUGUGGUUUACUGUAUAAUUUCUAUGGAUGCAUAUAUUGUUUUUUGGCAGGGUGCAUCCAAAAUGGCCUUCGCGUCAUGUGAAACGAAAACUCUCCAUUGGAAGCAAUAUAUAAAUGUAUGUCUGAAGGAGCGUGACAGUUGUCUUUGACGGAGCGACCCACCCCUACGAUGGUAGCGUGUGUAGUGCACAAAGUUUUGUGUCCAUCACAUGUACAGAGGAGUAACACUACAGAUGUUUUUAGGGUAUUUCCAUGCGCAAUGAAUUGCAUUUGAAAUGCUCAGUUUCUAAGAAUUAAGGCUUUUCGUGUACUCAAAACACUUACUGUUCACAUACAUUACUAAACGGAAACUAACAGGAGGAUACAAAUGUGUGAACAUAGUAAGUACCGACCAUUGGCGUCCACAUAAUGGACAUGUGCAAAUGCUGACGUUAUGUGCUGACAUUACACAUUCGUAGUGCCUGUGGACUGAAUGGUGUUGGUUUUGUGUAUAAAUAAAUAGAUAUGGGUGCAGGUAGCAUCUGCAGGCAUAGGUGGGUGCAAAACCGAUGAAUCGAAUCAAUGAAUAGAGUGUAUAAGGACACUACCCGUCAUUCCUUACAUUGUGAUUAAGCGUCAUCUGGUGACGUCUAUAUCGGACCACAUCUUCACCAUGAAGGGGAACAAAAUGACGCCUCAGACACCCAUCUCGAAAAUUUUCCAGCUUUUGCCAUUUCUAAGCACUUGUUUCCGUAAUUGCUUUAUUGAAAGGGGUUGCAUUUUCCUUGACCUUAUCAAGAUCGCCCAGAUGAGAGCAUGAAGACAAUAUGUCGCAACCGGCGACAUAAUAACUUCACCAUGACUGGGCUUCACGCUGGGGUUUCCUGCGGUUUUACCACACCAUUGGUGUGCUCAUAAAAUACAUACCAACGUAGAUUUGGAGCAGCCUUGUGCCCAUGUGGGUAGAUCAACAACCAUCUCAUGAAAUAUCAGGUUUACACUUUUUAAAUUGCGAGGUAGGGAAAGAUAUAUUGUUUUUGCAAAUGGUUCAAAUUAAAAUGAUAGAUACGAGGCAUAUUAUACUCUCACAGCCCCCCCCUCCCCCAUUUAACUUGGAAAUACAGUUAGAGGUCAGGACAGAGUUUGGAAACAGGGUUUUUGUGUAUAUUCAACUGAUAACACUGAAAAGAGUAUUUUUCUAUCAACAGGCCAGUAUUAUUUAAGGACUUAUUUUGACCUCAAACACAUUUAUGUCUAUUAAGCUGGGUGAGGUUUUUGUUGUGUAAAUCUCGUGAGAAUGUGGUGGUUAGAGCAAAAGGGACUCCUGCAGUAGACUACAAGACAACUUCUUGCACAAAAGCGAGCUGGGUGGUCUGAACUCUGGUAUUCUGAUAAAUCGGAUUGUAUUUGAACGGGGUGCUGAAAUGUUGUUUCUUGACAUGCUUAAUAAUGUUGACCUCAUUCAUUAUCAGCGACGUGCAAUGAACAAUCACUCAGUAUUUAUCUAGAUAGCAUCUGGCAGCUCAGAGUAACGUGGCAGCCCAAAAUAAAGUGGCUUUUGUAACUCA